AUGAAAAGAUUUUACUAUGAAUAUUAUUAGCAAAUAAACAAUAGAAGAAAAAAACUCAAUAAUAAAAGUGAGUUAUUUGUUGGAAGAAGAGAAAAUGAAGGGUCAGCAAUACAUUCAAUUGAAUAAUUAAAAUCUAAAAAUUUUUCUAUUUCUAGGCCAAUAAGUUCCAUUAGUCUUAAAAGAAAUAGCACAUCAUAAAUUGAUAGCAGUUUUAAUUUAAUAAGUUUGAAUGAAUUUGCAUUGAUUUAAUAAUACAAAACAGUGAAUUUGUUAUAAAAUAAGCUAUCAUCAAGUAAAUAAUUUAGAAAAAGGAUAUUGAGUUCAGAUAAAAAUUAAUAGUUCCGUCAUUAUUCAAAUAAAUCAAUGAUUAUAACAAAUUUUACAGUAGAAUGA